AUGGCGGCGGUGCUGCGGCACGGCGCAGUAGAUUCCGUCUUCUCGAGCAUUGCCCAAGACUUCCACAGCUUGCACCCAGAGGCAUCAGCCAAGCUGGCUGAAAAGUGGGUGUCACUAUUCAGUGAGAAGAUCUUGAAGCUGGCAGCAAAAGAAAGAAAUGCCGUCAUUCAUCUGUCGGCUAUGAACUACAACGAUGACACUGACACUGCAGACAUGAAGGGAGAUGUGGCCCUGCAGAUCCUUCCCUAUCUUCUCCCUGGAUCCAGUUACAAAGUAGCCAAGAACAGCACCCGUCCCACUUUGGAUGAGGCAAAGACCUAUUUCAUCGACAAGAAACCCAAAAAAAAUGGUGGCAAAGCCAGAGCCAAAGCAAAGACCCGCUCCUCCCGUGCUGGGCUCCAGUUCCCAGUCGGCCGUGUCCACAGGCUGCUGCGCAAAGGAAACUAUGCGGAGCGUGUCGGUGCCGGCGCCCCCGUCUACCUGGCGGCUGUGCUGGAGUACCUGACCGCUGAGAUCCUGGAGUUGGCUGGAAACGCUGCCCGCGACAACAAGAAGACCCGUAUCAUCCCCCGUCACCUGCAGCUGGCUGUCCGCAACGACGAGGAGCUCAACAAGCUGCUGGGCGGAGUGACCAUCGCUCAGGGCGGCGUGCUGCCCAACAUCCAGGCUGUUCUGCUGCCCAAGAAGACCGAGAAGGCCGCCAAGGCCAAGUAAACCUGGACACUCUUUGGCUGCUGGAAACU